GCGUGCGCUGAGCUGCGGCGCCGGCGCGCCGAUCGCGGCGGCCGAGCCGCCGACCUGGCUGGAGACCGUGCUGGGCCACGCCGCCCUGGUGCUGGUCUUCUUGGCGGGAGCGGCCUGCGGCGCGGCAGGCGGCUGCAGCGAGGGCCAGGCGGGGCGCCUCCAGCCACUGAGGAUGGCUCAUCCUCGGAGCUCGCUCGGCGUCAUGCCGGGCGAUUUCGUCAUGAUCUUCUACGCGGUCGGCGGCAGGCGAGUGUGGCACGAGAGGCGCGUACUGGCACUGGCCUCCUCGGUGCCGUGGGGCGUCGGGAUCCUCACUCCCGAUGGCGACGCCUACUUGGAGGUGCUGAUCGGCGACGGGGAGUAUCGCUUCCGCGCGGUGCCUCUCGCGGCGGCCAUCGCCGUGGCCCAGCAGGCGGCGGAGGCGGAGCUCGGAGUGCCAGCCGGCGCGGCGGUGGUGCCGAACGUCGGUGGGCGCGUGGUCCCAGCGGGCGUGGCCGCAGUUGCUGUGGGGGCCGCCCCGGCGGCAGGCGGCGGCGCGGCGGCUGGGGUUGGCGGCUUGGCGGCGGCUCUCGGCGGUCCUGGAGCUGGCGGAGGCGCGUUGCUGGCGUCAGCAGUCGGUGGCGGCUUGGCGGCUGGGAUCGGCGGCCUGGCGGCGGUGCUGUGCCUCUUUUCGGCGGUGGAGCGCCGGGCGCGCCUGGGGCUUUGCGGCUGCUGGGCCAGCGCCCUUGUGGCCGCGGUCGGCGCGGCGGAGGCUGCUCCUGGAGGCGACCUGAGGAUCAUGGCGGUGACCCACGACAUCCGAGGGGAGCGGCAUCGCGACUUCGGCGUCGCCGUGCGCUUGCUCGUGGAGACCCCGCUCAGCGACUGGCCGAUUGGCGGCCCGAGGACGCUGUUGCGGGCAUCGCUCUUCAUCCAUCGCGUCGCCGGGUCUCCGAUGGUUUGGCACCUGAAGUGGCGCACCGACGGCCAGCUUCGCGAUGACGAGCCAGGGGUCGUGAACCACGAGUUCAUGUGCAGGUUGCUGGAGGUCGGCUUGUGCUACGACCAGCUGCACAGCUCCAAUCUGGCUUCGAUGGAGCUCGUGGCGCGGGCCAUCCAGACGGAGAACGAGAGGUAUCGGCACGUUUUCGAGAGCGAGACGGACUUCGGCGUGAGCGAGAAUCUGAUAACGGGCCUCACGCACGGUCGCGGCCACGUGUGCGUGGCUCCGCCCCUUCGGGACUUCGCAUCGCAGCAGCUGCAGAAGGGUGCAGCCAUAACGAAGGAGUGGCGCAAAGCUCGGGAGGAACGCGCUCUCGCAGCUGGUGGAGCCGAUGCUGGACCUGAGAGGCCUCGUAAGCCGAACCCGAAGAAGAAGGGCGGCGGGCGCGGUGCGUCCGCCGCGGCCGUUCAGCCAGAUGAGCGCACCAGCUCGGCGGACUUGCACCGCCGUGGACGCGACCGCCAGCGCGACAUCUUCCCGUUGCCGCUUGCGGGGUUGGUCAACGAGUGCCAGCGCACUGCCAUUGAUCACAUGAGCACCGCCCCUCAUCGGCUGGGACGGCGCCCAGAGAAGUAUGGAGAGACGCGUGCCUGCGAGGACGGGGCCCUCGAG